UCAUGCUGCUGCCAGGUCCAGAGUCUCUCAUGGGUCCCUGUACGGCCUCCCAUUGCUGCUGUCUCCAUCGCCACACUCUGCCAUGUGCCACUUUCAGGUCUCCUCACACUGCUGGUGUGUUCCAUUUUUUGUCAUAGGGUGCUGGCAGAUUACGGCCCUCCCAUAGCUGCUGCCAGGCCCCUAAUCUGCCAUGGGCCCCUGUACCGCCUCCUCAUGCUGCUGCCAGGUCCACAGUCUCUCAUGGGUCCCUGUACGGCCUCCCAUUGCUGCUGUCUCCAUCGCCACACUCUGCCAUGUGCCACUUUCAGGUCUCCUCACACACUGCUGGUGUGUUCCAUUUUUUGU